AUGGCGACGGACACAGGUGUUCCGAGAAGCCAUCCAGUGCAUGGCUUCCCGUCACAAGAUGAUCUUGAAUACUGGUCUCAACAGCUUAGAAAUCUUCCGCGACUUGCUCUGCCCCUAGAUUAUCCACGGCCACCAACCACACGCGUGGUGCACGCGCUCAAGUCGUAUGUGCUGCCGCCAUCCACGUGUCGCGCGCUUGCGCGUCUCUCGCUGUAUGAAGACGAAGAGGUAUCAUCGCGCUUUGAAGAGCCGAGAGGUAUGGAUGAACAGCCCCGUGCGUGUCAUCUGCUGCUGGCCGCGUUGGUCGUCCUGAUCCACCGCUACACAGGCGAUACUGACAUGGUGGUGGCAAGUAAUCAUCCUACUUCAGGGGAAGCACUGCUUUUGCGUAUCAAAAUAGAACCAGGAGAUGCGUUCUGGCAAGUUGCGAAGCAUGUGCAAGCCGUGGAAGCCGAGGCGAUUCGACACUUAGUGCCAUACGACGAGAUUGCCAAGCGUCUUGAGUCUGACAGACUUGCUCAGGAAGGACCUGCUGUCCCAGGAACAAGCCAGUCUCUUUUUCGUGUCCGGUUCUUUGAUGAGACGACAUCAAUGGAGCGCUUCAUGCAGCAAACGAAUGCCACAACUGACCUUUCGAUGUUUGUCACUGGACCGGAAGCCAGUGUUAAUGCUGAGGCAGGUCCAGCACAGAGUACGGCACCAAAGCACCUUCACUCAGCAUUUCGCGCUCCUACUCAUGCUGAGGUGGCCGUUCACAUUUCGUAUAACGCCAUAUUGUUCUCGGGCAGACGCAUCGAGGGUAUCUUGCAUCAAUUUGAGCAGCUCAUCAAUUCGGCUGCUAAGAACCCCAUGGCACCUGUGGGUCAGAUUCACAUCCGCGCACAAGCUGAAGCUGAUAUCUUGCCUGACCCUCGCAAGGACCUUGAUUGGUGCGGUUAUCGUGGCCCCAUUACGAGCUAUCUGGAGCGCCAUGCAAAAUCGUUUCCUGAUCGACGCUGUCUCGUGGAGAGUGUUUCUACGGAUGACAUGAUGCCCCCUGCGUCUCGAGUGCGAACAGUCACUUUUGGCGAAUUAGACCGCACGAGUAAUGUGGUGGCGCAUCACCUUCUUCAGUCGGGCGUGCAGCGUGGCGAAGUCGUGACAGUCUACGCCCACCGCGGUGUAGAUCUUGUUGUGGCUGUGCUGGGUGUGCUGAAAGCUGGGGCUACUUUCAGUGUCAUUGAUCCAUCAUACCCGCCUAGUCGCCAAAACAUUUAUCUGCAAGUGGCACGCCCGCGUGCUUUAGUCGUGCUGCGAAAGGCGGGAACGAUUCAUGAGCAAGUCCGUCGCUGUAUCCAAGAGGAAUUGGAGCUGCGGACGGAAAUUCCGGCCCUGGAGCUUCGGAGCGAUGGCGCAUUGCUCGGUGGUAGCACGGACAAAGGUGAUGUGCUGGAUAAGGCACAGGUGCUGGCUUCUGAGCCAACGGGCAUUGUGCUGGGACCUGAUAGUAUCGCGACGCUUUCUUUCACGUCUGGCUCGACAGGUAUUCCCAAGGGUGUUCAGGGUCGUCACUACAGUCUGACGCACUUUUUCCCAUGGAUGGGUGAGCGUUUUGGCUUGAGUGAAAAGGACCGCUUCACAAUGCUAAGUGGUAUUGCGCAUGAUCCAAUUCAACGCGAUAUUUUCACGCCGAUUUUCUUUGGUGCUGAAUUGCACAUUCCAACAGCUGAGGACAUUGGUACUCCGGGACGUCUGGCGACAUGGAUGGCUACUUCGAAAGCUACAGUGACACAUCUAACACCAGCAAUGGGUCAACUCUUGUCUGCUCAGGCAACGACGCCGAUUGAUACGUUGCGUAAUGCAUUCUUUGUGGGCGAUAUUCUCACCAAGCGUGACUGCACACGUCUUCAAGCUCUCGCUCAAAAUGUGCGCAUCAUUAACAUGUACGGCACAACCGAGACACAGCGGGCUGUCUCGUAUUUUGCUAUCCCGCCUGCAAGCCAGGAGCCGGCGUUCCUUCAGCGGCAAAAGGAUAUUAUGCCAGCCGGCCAGGGUAUGAUUGACGUUCAGCUGUUGGUCGUCAAUCGAAAUGCAAGACAGGAAACAUGUGCUGUCGGUGAGAUUGGGGAGAUCUACGUUCGCUCCGGUGGACUCUCAGAAGGCUACUUGGGCCAACCUGAUGUUACGGCUGAAAAGUUUCUGAACAACUGGCUCGCAACGGGCUUAGAGAUACCUGACACGCUGCAAGGAACACCGGAAGGACAGUUUUGGAAAGGACCCCGAGACCGCAUGUACCGCACAGGUGAUCUGGGACGCUACCUGCCAGAUGGCACGGUUGAAUGCACAGGACGCGCAGACGAUCAAAUCAAGAUUCGAGGCUUCCGCAUCGAGCUUGGUGAAAUUGAUACGCACCUGUCACGCCACCCAAGCGUGCGUGAAAAUGUCACUCUUGUGCGCCGUGACAAGGAUGAAGAAAAAGUAUUAGUGUCCUACUUCGUACCCACGGAUGACAGCACGCCCGAAGAGAGAGAAGAUGAUGUAAGUUUACCUGCAGGACCAAGCGGGGACUUGCUGCGCCGUAUCCGACAAUAUAACCGCCUUAUCAAGGAUAUUCGUGACUCUCUGAAGCUCAAGCUGCCGUCCUAUUCGGUGCCGACGCUCUUUGUGCCCCUAGCGCGCAUGCCAUUGAACCCGAAUGGUAAGGUUGAUAAACCUGCCUUGCCAUUUCCCGACACGGUGUUAGCUCAGCGCAUGGCUCAGGUUUCAAACGCACAAGCGGAAACCCGUGAACUUUCAGCGACUGAGCGUGCCAUCGCCGAGGUAUGGAAGCAGCUGCUGCCCGGCCUAGCCGAUCCCGCGCCACUUGACGAAUCGUUCUUCGACUUGGGCGGCCAUUCCAUUCUUGCAACACGCCUUGUUUUCCAACUGCGUCAUAAGCUGGGUGUGCAUGUGCCUUUAGGUCUGGUAUUUGACGCACCAACGAUUGCUCAGCUUGCGGCAGCUACGGAAAAAAUUAGCAGUGGCGGAACUGACUUUCUCGUUGCUGCACCUGAUGCAGCCAAAGAGAAUGCUUCAUCGGGCGACUUGGACUAUGCGAAAGAUGCUCAAGUACUGGAAAACGAGCUUCCUGCAUCAUUUAUGCGUGCAACGCCCGCAGGAGAGCCACGUGUCGUGUUGCUUACGGGUGCAACCGGCUUUUUGGGCGCCUAUGUCUUGGCUGACUUGCUCGAUAAAAGGCGCAACCAUGUCCAGAAGGUGUAUGUCCACGUCCGUGCUAAUGAUGCUGGUAGCGCUCAGCGGCGUCUACGCGAUGCGUUAGCUGGCCGUGGGCUGUGGCGCGAGGCAUGGGAACAAGAAGGCCGAGUCCAGGCCGUCGUAGGCGACUUGUCCAAGCCGCACCUGGGCCUCAACGACGAAGACUGGGCGCAUCUGGCCAAAGAAGUUGAUGUCAUUGUACACAAUGGUGCACUUGUACACUGGGUAUACCCUUACAGCAAACUGCGUGCGGCAAACGUAUUGUCGACCAUGGCAGUUAUGCGACUGGCCAACGAGGGUCGACCAAAGAGUGUGGCGUUUGUAUCGUCAACAUCCGCUCUUGAUACGGAAUACUACAUUCGGUUCUCGGACACAUCGGCGCAAGGUGUGUUGGAAAGUGAUCCACUCGAUGGCAGCGCCUCGGAUCUCAAGAGCGGCUAUGGACAGUCCAAGUGGGUUGCCGAACGACUGUUGAUGGCAGCUGCUUCGCGAGGCUUGGCCGCUGUGAUUAUUCGUCCUGGUUAUGUGGUUGGUGAUAGCAAGACGGCGGUCACCAACACUGAUGACUUUUUAUUCCGUCUGAUCAAGGGUAGUGCACAGCUCGGCCUUAUUCCAGACAUGAACAACACAAUCAACAUGGUCCCUGUUGACCAUGUUGCUCGAGUGACGUCGUUAGCUGGGCUUGCUGCCACUCAAUGGCCCGAAAACCGUCAGACGCAUGCAGCAGUGUUCCAUGUGACUUCGCACCCGACAAUUCGGUACAAUGAGUUCCUUGGCGCACUCAUUGAAUAUGGCUGGAAUGUGCGGCCUGCCGAAUACUUAGAGUGGCGUACAGCGCUCGAGAACCAUGUCCUAGCCUCGGCAGCCGCAGGAAACACAGGCCUUGAUGCCGAUUCCAACGCCCUGUUCCCCCUUCUCCACUUUGUGCUGGACGAUUUGCCGACUUCAACCAAGUCACCUGAACUAAACGAUGCCAACACUACAAAACUACUGACAGAGGCACACGAAUUGGACGUUGUACGCGGGGUAGAUGUGCCACUUGUCGGUUUGUACUUGUCGUGGCUCGUGGCUGUAGGCUUCCUGCCUCCGCCCGCAUCCAAAUCGGCCCGAACAUUGCCAACAUUGCCGGAAGGUGCGGCUCGUCAAGCCAUGGGCCGUGGAUCGGCGGCCGUUUAA